UCCCUCUCUCUCUUUUUCGUGCUGGCUUGCUUUCUUCCUCAAUGGCGGAGCCGAGCAACAGGUACUACGACUUCCUGAAGCCCCCGGCAGCGGAGGAGCCGACAGCCGCGGCCGUCGGGAGGCCGCCGGAGGCGUUGCGGACGUUCCCCUGCACCUACUGCUCCCGCCGGUUCUUCACCUCCCAGGCCCUCGGCGGUCACCAGAAUGCCCACAAGAAGGAGCGCGCUGCCGGCUCCCGCAAGGCCCCCGCCUCCUCCCCCUCCUCGUCCUCUACCGUCGUCACCACCGACACCGCCAUCCUCCACCACCCCGGCCUGCCGCCCCGCCCUUCUCCUUCGUUCCCGUGGUUCGAGCCGCCGCCGCCGCCCCAGCCCUACUUCUACGUCUACGGCCCGCCUCCGCCUUCUCCUCCUCCGAUGUCCGCCCCACUGGCCUCCGCCACCGAGGUCUCCUCCUUCGCCUCUGCCCCCGCCGACCUCGACCUCGAUCUCGAUCUCUCCCUCCAUCUUUAGCUUUCUUUGUUUCAAAAAUCCAAAUGGGAGGAGGAGAGAUGGAUGGGUCCGAGCUUUGUCUUUACGGAGAGAAACGAUAAGUUUUAGGG